AUGAGCAAACCAAAAAUCCCCAGAGGCUUUGAGGCCUGGUAUGACAAGCUCUUGACUAUCGCUCAACAAGCCCCUGUCCCCACGACCCAACCCCUUCUCCAGCAUAUCGAGAAUAUCGAACCUUCUCAACUUCCUACAAUAUCCGUCUCUGAUAUAUCCCUCCAGCAGACCGAGAUCGCAUUCGGAAUAAAGCAGGCUAAUGGGCCUCAGCCUUGGAUGGUCCCAGAUAUAUUUUUCUCUCUCCCGGCAGAUUUCGGCAAAUUGACUAAAGUCGAGAACAAGAAGACCAACUCCCGUUGUCGUAUUGACGCUUUGAUAUUUGUGGUAUAUCGGAACUUGUUGGAGCAAGACCUGCUCCCAAACACCGGAGACAGCAGAGCCACUCUCUCAUUUGAAACCCCAUUCAAGUCAAGUCCAAUACUCAUUAACGGGGUUCCACACACGUGCACUGGAACCGCCGACUACACUGUCCUCUUCGGACGCAAAGAUCACAUGGCCUGCCACAUAGUGGUGCUGGAGGCUGAAAAGCGGUACAAUCUGGCUAAUGCCGGACAGCUAUUGGCCUAUAUGGGCAUGGUGCAAGCAAAUCGAAAGGCCCAUGGUCAAUCAAAUUGCUCUGUUUGGGGAUGCCUAAGUGACGGUUGGGAGUUUCGGUUUUAUUUCCUCGACCUGAGAGGAAACUGGUCCUCGAGAACGCUAUCUUCGAAUAUCUUAGGCUGGCAAGAAAUCGCAAAUAUGUUGGCCCAUAUGAUAAUACACGCACAAGCAGUGGCAAAUUCUACUUUUCACCCAAGGUUAUGUUCGACGCGGGGUCCUUCUACGCAACCCUCGUUAGUCGUUUCCUCAGAAGACAAUACUGCCCCAAAGAGAAAGUCUACGCCUGAGACAGUAGAGCGUCCAAUCAAAAUGCAGUGUAUUUCAAUCAGGGGUUCUGAUCUCUCGGAAAUACCUGACUCGGUCACUUCGGAAGUGUCAACAAUUGACUCUUUGGAAAUCAGGUUAGAUGACUGUGCCGCAGAAUCCCAGUCUGCACUGGACCGAGUUGCUGAGAGUGAUUAG